AUGGCGAUUAAAAGAACUCUUUCUACUGAUUCUAAGUCUAUUUCCACUACCAAACUAAGACUUCCUUCUACCAUCGAAUCAAACUGGUCUGAUCUUCUUCCCGAACUCUUAUUAAUCCUUUCGAAAGUGUCUUUUGCGCAAAUCAUUCGCUUCACAGCAGUUUGUUCUUCUUGGCGUCGUGCCGCAGAAUCGUUUGUUGCAUCCUCAUUCUACACUCCGUUCUCUCAUGCACCUUGGCUCGUGCUUCCUAGUCAGGAAUAUAGAUUUGAUGGCGAAUCUCGAUGCUUUUGUAGUCUUGAGGACGAGAACAAAAAUACAAUGAAGAGUAUGAACAAACUGUUUACUUAUGGUGAUUUUUGCAUUGGAUCGUCUCAUGGGUGGCUUAUACUUUUAGAUAAUGAACAAUUCAAGCCUUUCCUUUUCAACCUGGUUUUAGGAAUUCUUGAUCUUAAAAGUGGCGGAACCAUUGAUAUUAGGUGCUGUAAUAAUCAUCCUUAUGUAUUAAAUUUUUAUCAUUCAGUUGAUAUAUGGGAUUUUCAUGGCUCCUUGCCAAUAAAGAAGAGGAGAAUCCAUCCUUCAACCUCAAUAGAAUUGGUGGAAGCCGUGAAUGCUUAUAGAGGUUCACAUUCUAGCCGAAGUUAUUUGGUCGAUUCAUGCGACGAUCUUUUGCUGCUUGUGAGGUUUAUAGGGAAUUUUGUUAAUCAGGAAGGUGAAGUUGUUGAUGAGUCAUACCUUCUAAGUGAUGAAGAAAAUCAUCCUUUGCUUUGUCCAUAUCAAACAAAGAUGCUCCACGUUUAUAGGUUGGAUUCUAGUGAACAGAAUUGGGUAGAGGUCGAAAGUUUGAACAAUCAAGUGUUGUUUCUCGGGAUGAACCACUCCAUCUCAUUAUCAGCUCAGGGUGACAGGAAUUCUAUCUACUUUACUGAUGAUAAUUUGUACCAAAUGUACGAGGAUUAUUCGUAUGGAGGUCAUGAUUUCGGCAAGUUCAGUCUAGAAGACAAAGUUGUCAAGCUAUUUAACGGGCAUAAAAUAGAAAAGUUCGACCCGUCACCACUUUGGAUAGUCCCAAAUCCAUGGUGA